UUACAACCACCAGAAAUAGAAAAUCCCCCAAUAGCUCCAGACCCAUUUAAAUCUCAACUUCUACAAAACUGACAGUCGAUACUUCAGUGAAAAGAAGCAGAGAAAAACAGAGUACUCUGCCUCUGUAAUACUCACCAAACCAAAAAGAACAAAACUUUAUACCUUCCCUUUAUUAAAUCCAUCGAACUUCAAAGAACCCAGAUCGUAAUCGAACAGUCAGUCAUAAAAAAUGCCGGUUUCAAGAGGGAAGACGGGGAUUCAUAUGGCUUGCUUGAUUCUCUCGAUUUUGCUCUGCUCUUCUUUGAUUAGAGUCACUGAAUCAACUGACUGCCCACAUGGAGGAGAGUCCGGGGAGCAAUGCAAAGCCAAUGAGAACGGGCUGGUGGAUCUGGACGACGAUUUCGACGACACGUACAAGAUCGUUAACAAAAUGGUGGUUCAGCCGCCGUCACCCAAAGCAACCACCAACGCUUUCAUGGGCGACGCUGGUUAUGAUACGGAGGUUCGCGUUAUGGGGCAUUGAAAAAGGGAAACCAAUUGAAAACCAAGCCAAUCUAGGUUUAGGGUUCUAAGAUUUGGGAGGAAUGAGCGAUAUCUAGAUUUUGUUUUCGUUAUAGAGGUCGUUAUGUAUGUGGGGUGUUUUGCUUUUCUAGGACUAUUUUAAAGUUUGGGAUUUUUUGUCUUAUUUUCUUGGGUUUAAAUGUAGUGGAAUGGAACUCAGUUUCAGAGGUGGAAUGAGUUUUUCAUAAAUCAGAGAUUGGUUCUUGGUCUGUUCUAUGGGAAGUUGGAUUUUUGCCGCCAAAAGGUGAUGGAUUAUGAAGUAUUUUCAGCGGGUAGACAUGAUUAGGGUAGUUAUCUCGCUAGCUUUGAAUGGAUGUAAUAAGAAGUGAACAGUUGG